AUGCUGGGUUUUGCCGCCGAUCCCGUCGCCGUUACUUCACUUGCCAACGCCGCGCACUCUUUUAUCUUCUCCUCCGCCUUUUCUUCACUCGACUCUAUUUCCGGAACUUUCUCUACCUACAAUCAACCGUUGUCAGCAGUGUCGUUGAAGUUAGCUUCCUAUCGAGUUAAAGCGAUGGCGGAUACUCUUUCCAUUCCGAAGCUCGAAUCAUUCUUUUGCUGGGAUUUAACGUCGCUUGGCUGUGGACUACAGGAUUUGGGAUUCACUAUUGUGUCCACUGGAGGAACAGCAUCUACUCUGGAAUCUUCUGGGGUGACUGUGACCAGAGUUGAAGAGCUUACGAGUUUCCCCGAAAUGCUUGAUGGUUGUGUUAAAACUUUACAUCCUAACAUAUAUGGGGGUACAUUUGAUGUGGUAGUGGUGAACUUGUAUCCAUUCUACGACAAGGUGUCCUCUUCAAGCAAAAUCUCUUUCGAGGAUGGAAUUGAGAACAUUGAUAUUGGUGGCCCUGCUAUGAUUAGAGCUGCUGCCAAGAAUCACAAAGAUGUUUUGGUCGUAGUGGAUUCUGAAGACUACCUAGCACUUUUGGAAUUUCUUAGAGGAACGCAGGAUGACCAGCAGUUUAGAAGGAGGCUAGCUUGGAAGGCUUUUCUGCAUGUAGCUUCUUAUGAUUCUGCAGUUUCAGAAUGGUUGUGGAAGCAGAAUGGGGAAGGAACUUGUUGCAUAGGUUUGACAAUUCUUUUUAGAGCCAGAACAAAUCUAUGUUUUUUGCUAACUUCCAAUGCAAAUUGA